GUUUGUGCAGAGCAACUCACUAAGAGAAAGUAGACUGAAAAUGAAAGGGUGUCUGGUACCGCUGCUUGCAGUGCUUAUUGUUAUAUUUUCUGCGUCCGCUUCAGAGGCCAGAGAGAGAAACACACAAAAACAGGUAAGACGGCAGAUAUAGGCAUUGGUUAUACGUAUAGUGUUACAAAAAGACUUGACCUCCAAACAUUCUGCAGACGGUAGUUAUAAGACUUUGUGUGAUGACCAGAUAAACAGUGAUACCGUCAUCUUAGCGAGUUCUGCUCGCAGGCUUAAGAUCUAAAGAUGUCUGUCAUUUAUAUAUAUAUUUUUUUUUUGUUUUGCGAGAAGUAUACAUUUAAAAUUCUAUUGUUUCUAAGUAUGCUGAUGAUAGAUAAAUAUUUUUUUUAAACAUCAAUUUUUUAAAAAUGUAAAGGAAAAUUAGAUUUUUUAUUUUAGUUGUGGGACAUUUUAAGGUAAUUUCCCUACGUUUUGUGCCUCUGCUAACUCCUUCAAGGGGUGAAUGCUAACUGCAUUUGGCUUGUACCAGUGACGGAAGGCUUCCUUUAUCUCUAUGCCAGUUAUGUGGAAUCUGACAGAAGUUGUGCGUCAUUGUGUGUUGCUGUGUGUAACUCCAGCAAAAAGUCAUGUCACCACAGGUUUUGUUGAACUUAUGAUUUGUAUGAUAUAGGUAGAGGAUGGGGGUAAACAAAAAUAAAAUUGUAAGUUGGAUCGGGGCUGGGGGUGCAGAGUUAAUGGAAUGGGAAGAUCGAGUUGACAAAGAGGGUUAGAGAGCAGGGCAAAGGAUUUUUCAGUAAUGUAAAAAGUUAUUGGAAUUUAAAGUGAAUUUGAAUUUGUUUUUUAAAAUGAGUUAAUUGGUAAAAACGGGCAUCUGGGUGAGAGAUGUUUUCUAUAGAGAAUUUAGAAAACAUAGAAUGAUGGGGAUUAUGAAUGAAGAGCUGUUUUUCAAUAAGCAGAACAUUCCAUUGGUUGUCAUGGAGAUUGCUCCAUUUCAAGCAUGUUCAUCCAUACGUUGCCCAAGUAUUUUGUUCUUGUGGGUAAUUGGGGGGAGGGGGAGUAGGGGGGAUAUAGGCAAGGGAUGGGAGAUGUAGAGCUGAACGGCCUACAGGAUACAUUUAGACUGAAAUUAUUUGAUGAAAUAACAGCCGAACAAGAUGGUCUUUUCAUGAAAACCUAACAUAGGAUAAAAAAUACAUUUUCUGAUUUGUUUCUAAAGAGCCAAUUUAUCAAAGUGUCUUUCUUAGUGAGAAGAGCAAGCUGGGAUAGAGAGGAUGGGAAGCUGGAGUUAAACAAAUGGGCCCAUUUACUGUUUACCGAGAGGCUGUAGGGUAACAUGGGAGAGAAAAAGGGACACAAAACAAGACAGAGGGACACGUGAGUUUAAAGUGAAGAUAAGGGACUACAUCUUCCAUGAUGCUCAGUCAGCCAGUUAAACUUCUUUAGUAAAUACAUUUGCAUAACUUGAUCUGAAAAAUGACUAAAACAUUGAACAGUACAAAAUCACUCAAACACAGCAAAAUGAGUCUUUAUCGGUUUGUCGGGUUGUAGAUUAGAAAGCAGCCAAUAGGAACUAGUUGGGUAAAAUAUUUGGCAAUUUAUAGUUCCUGUAACCCAGCUGUUACUUGUAUAUUGUACACAUCACCAAAAGAUAAAAAAGGGGGGGGCGAUUCAUUAAACGAAAAGUGUGUGCACUCGAUUUGCAAACGUUAGGCCUCAAUUCAAUCAGAUCUCAUCUAAUCACAACUAAAUAUAUCUUUUUUUUUAAAUCCCCUUAAAAAAAACACUUUUUGCCAAUGAUCAAAACUGUGAUACUGAUAACUGUGAGUGUGCAAUAAGCUGGUGUUGCAGGUUGAUUUUAACUACAAAGUGUCAGACAUUAUAUCGCUUUGAGAAUAUUAUCUGGAUUAUUCACUAAAGGCAGAAUUCAAAGUGAAUUUCAAAUUCAAGGUAAAAAAAGCCGAGCUGGAAACAUUCUCUAAAUCCGAUUUGCCUCCAGUUGGUCUGCUUUGGUUCACUUUGAAUAAAAAAGAAACAUUUUGCAAUUAAUGAUGGGAGUGUUUUCUGCACGCUGGGGUAAAUUCGCUAAACUGCAGUUAACUGAAAAAAAAGAAAAUAGAAAAUUUAGGUCAAAAUAGCUAAUUUGGAAAAAAUACCCAAACUCAACUGUAGUCACAUGUUAUAUUUUUUUUUUGCUUGAAUUGUUAAAACUGAUUUCCCAGCUCGCCCCAAUUCACUGCUUAGUAAAUAGAUGUCGCUGUAUCACACAGACUGAGCCUUAUUUUCUGACACUGUAAGACAGAAGCCUCAAUUUAUCAAGGUGUGAUUAAUAACGGACAAAAAUAACCACAAACCUUGUCAAAGUGUCUAAAAAUAAAAGAUCACUCUGUCUGAUUAAUUCAUAUGUGAAAACAGGACAACAAGCGGCAAAAAUAAGACACGCUUUCUAAAACAAUCAAAUGUGAUGCGAUGUGUCAGAUUUAUUCGCUAGUGAAUAGUGGGUCGAUAUGAAAAUCAGAUUUAGCCAAAAUCAAAGACAUUUUUAAACGCAGCUAUAUUUGCAACUUAACCGUUUUAUUUUUUUCUGUGUAAAUGUAAUAUAUUUGCUUUUCCAUUCAACACACUCAAUGCUUAGAUAAAUCACUUAGGGGUUAUCCACUAAACAGCAAAGUGUAGUUAUCUUCAAAUUUUCCAGUUACAUCUCUGAUUUCUAAUUUUAAAGAAUCCGUGUAACAUUAUGUGACAAUAACUCUUUUUUUUUUUUUCUAUUGCAGAAUGACGAAGAACUCCGUAACCGGAAGAAAGGUAACACGACUCUUGAAUUAAUUUAUGAUUCUUUAAUGUUUUUUUAGGUUAAAAUAUGCUGGGUUCCUUACUUUUAUUAAGUCAGUAAUAACUUGAUAUGAUCUGCAAUAAGCCAAUUCAAUGUAUCUCGAUAUAAAAGGGUUCACUCUCUUACACUAUAUUGUGAGAAAUUAAUUGAAUUGUGAUUAGUGAUGUCCCAAACUGUUCGCCGAACGGUUCGCCACAAACGGUUCGCCACGGACUCAUCAUUGAGUAAACUUUGACCCUGUACCUCACAGUCAGCAGACACAUUCCAGCCAAUCAGCAGCAGACCCUUCCUCCCAGACCCUCCCACCUUCUGGACAGCUCACUAAGAAUGCAGCUUCACAAUGGAUGCUGUCCAGGAGGUGGGAGGGUCUGGGAGGGAGGGUCUGCUGCUGAUUGGCUGGAAUGUGUCUGCUGACUGUGAGGUACAGGGUCAAAGUUUACUCAAUGAUGAGUCCGUGGCGAACCGUUCGCGAACCGUUCUCGAACUGUUCGCAAACCGUUCGGCGAACAGUUCGGGACAUCACUAAUUGUGAUAUGAUUGAAAGCACCACACACCAAAUUAUCCAUCUCAAUAAAAACAUAAAGAAAAAUUUGUCACACGGGAGGAGAUGCAGGUGAACUUCUUGAGAGGACCAGGUCUUUUAAAUGCUGACAAGCUGUACAAUGUGUCGGGGCAAUAUCCCCCCAAAGUGUGUACUGGCCGGGAACAAACUUAUUUUAGUGGAAUUUUUUUUAAUGGAGUUUGUUAACCCGAUUAAAAGUUCCAUUAUACGCUCAUACUACACAGAAUGUCUGAGCAUCGGCAAAUAGGGACACCAGAGUGGACAGUGGGAACAGGGGCCUAACAGGGGUAUGUAAGCCCUAAACAUUUAACCACAAAACGUUUUUUGUUUUCCCUGCAGGAAAUGAAAAGAAUAAUUGUAAACAGAGAAACUGCACUAAACAAGUGGCUGCUCAUCUGAUCGGUGAGUUAGAGAUCACAGGUCUUUCUUUUCUGACCAAGGUUCAGAUUGAAUUUGGGGCAAACUCUCCUUUAUCAAUGCAGAAAUGUGAAUUGUUUUUACCAUCAAUAAAGGAGGUUGUCCUAAAACAUUUGCUGUAUAAACAUUCCAUAAAUAAAUUGCACCAAUGAGUCCUCACCAGCCCUUUGUAUGAAUUUGUUGCAUUCUUUCUGCGGAGAGGGAGUGACAACAGAUCACACUAUAGCUCGGUGAUACAAUGUUGCUGUUUUUUCUAUAGAACCCGAUGUAUCCUACUCUUUAUUAAUAUGCGUUAACACAAGCUAUGUCCAAAUUCAGUCACAGGGCAGGCAGACAGAACAUGUCUAAUGAGUAAGUAUCAUGCAUGUUUGCUGUAUGAGGGCACCUUUUAUUGACCGUCAUGUCUAGACAGUACACUUUGAUACUCCAGUCACGUGUUGUUUUCUUUUUAUAAACCCACAGCACUUUUUUUUUGCAUUCUUUAAGACUUGAUUGAUUAAGCAAAUGGAGGUCCGUGGAAGUCUAACACGAUUACUUGUCUAUGGGUGCUUUGCAUAGUGGUUGGAGCGGUCAGGGCUAUGUGAAUUGUGUAUAUGAUCUUUAGAAAUUAAAAUGGACACAGUUCUGGUGCGUUAGUUUCCUUUGCAAUAUGUGAGAAUCACCUUGACAAUAGACCAUUUAUAACGUUUCAUCAUGUCUAUUCCUUCCCAGGUAUAAAUUCCACAGGCGAUACGUUGAAUUGGGAUCACACAUAUGAUAUGGCAUUCACCCACCGCAAUGUAGAAUACAAAAACUUCAGCCUUGUAGUCAACCAUGAUGGUCUGUAUUAUGUUUACUGUCAGAUUGGGUUUGAAGGAAAACAGGCAAACAUCACCCUCUUCAAUGAAGUCUACGCUUUCAAACAUUCCACCGGUGUUGAAUCUGUCCUCCUGGCUGGUACGGAGUCUGUCGUCGGUCCACCCUCGGGAUCCACCACAUGGUACGCCAGUCUGAGCCAAGGAGGGCUUGCUAAACUCAGAAGUGGAGAUCGUCUGUAUGUUAAUGUUAUCCCCGCACGUCACGUAGAUUAUAGAGAGGGCAAGACUUUCUUUGGACUUGUGAAGGUGAUGUGAAGCUUGAAGUGGAGAAAAUGAG